CCAACCCCCCCACCCCAAGACGAAGAAGGCACUUUCUCUUUCUCUCUCUCUCUCUUUGGGUUAUAUUUCUUCUGCGACACAACGCCCCUCUCCCCUUCUCUCUCCUUCCUUCCUUCUGUUUCUCUCUCUAGGCGGUACAAGUGCUCACGAGCACCAGCACCGCCACCUCGCACGCCGUACGACACAGUGCUGCCAGGACGUUUUUGCGCCUAGAGACGCGCUCAGAGGACGGCUCGUCACGCCACAAGCAGCAGCAGUAGCAGCAGCUGACCGAGACGCAUUGACGCAGAGGUACGGAGAGAUGAGCUCUUGUGUCGAGAGCGAAAGCGAGAGCGGACGAUCCAGCAACUACGGCCAUUCGUCCACCUACUACAACAUCGGAACUGGGAGAGGAGAUGAUUUAGACGAGGAACUAUGGCAAGCUUGCGCCGGCCCCUUAGUUUAUGUUCCUAAAGCUGGGGAAACCGUGUUCUACUUCCCCCAAGGGCACAUUGAGCAGGUUGAGGCAUAUACAAACCGAGAUGGUGAUGUGGAAAUGCCUAUCUACAAAUUGCCUUCAAAAAUCCUCUGCAAGGUUGUUUGUGUUCAGCUUAAGGCUGAGAUUCAUACGGAUGAAGUGUUUGCACAAAUUACAUUGCUCCCAGAGGCAAAGCAAGAUGAGGUCAAUUCUAACUGCAAAUCUUCACCAACGCCUCAAAGGGACAAUUCACCUUUCUUUGUCAAAAUUCUGACUCGCUCUGAUAUAAGCACACAUGGUGGAUGCUCUCUUCCUAAGCGACCGGCAGAAGAAUGCCUUCCUUACCUGGACAAGUCACAGCCCCAUCCAGUUCAAGAUCUUGUGACAAAGGACUUGCAUGGAAAGGAAUGGCGUUUCCGCCACAUCUACCGUGGUAAACCCAAAAGACAUUUGCUCACAAGAGGUUGGAGUGAUUUUUUAACUUCAAAGAAGCUGGUCGACGGAGAUGCAUGCAUAUUCCUUAGAGGAAGGGAUGGAGAUGUGCGCAUUGGUGUACGCCGUUUGAUGAAAUCUCAAACAACCGCAUCAUCCUCUGUCCUAUCUGCCCACAGCAUGCGCCAUGGCAUACUAGGCAGUGCCUUGCAUGCAGUUUCUACUGGAACCAUGUUUUCUGUGUACUGUCGUCCCUGGGCAUGUACUUCAGGUUUCAUCAUUGCUUAUGACCAGUACAUGAAAGCAAUGGCAAAUGGCUAUUUUAUCGGAGAAAGAUUUAGGAUGAAGUUUGAAGACUACGGAUGUGGAGAACAGAGGCUUGGAGGCACUGUAGUAGGCAUAGAAGAUAUUGACCCGCUGACAUGGCCUGGCUCUGACUGGAGAUGUAUCAAGGUGCAAUGGGAUUCUGCACGUGCCAAAUGUAUACGCCCAGAAAGAGUUUCUCCAUGGGAUAUUGAGCCCCUAGACCCAGACAGGAAGAAGCAGGCCAUUCUUCCAACCUCGCUAAAGAGGAUUUGUCCACAGAACUUACCGUUGCAUUGGCCUCCUACAUUCAUAAUGGAUGGAUCCCAGUGGACUUCAGUUGCACAAAAGUCUCGAAGAUAUUCGGGGGUCUUUCAAGGUCAAGAAAAAUCUAAUUUGCCAAUUUAUGAAUCCAACGUGCCAAGGCCAUUACCAUUAGUACCAUGUUUGCCCACUCCAAUUCAACAUGUCGAGUUGGCACCACAAGGUCAAAUUCACUUAGCAGUGCAUAAUGCAUGUCAUCAACAUCCUGAGAGUGCAUUUUUGGUAGGUGAUGGGGGGAAAAGAGAAAGUCUGGGUCCGAGUGGUCAAUGGCCUCCAGCAUGCAUCGCUCCAGGACGUGGUCCUGGUAAAAGCUUGUCAGCACAAGACAUCAGCCCUGCUAACUCCACCUCCCAGGCACGGAUGACUUCUCAAACAAAGGACGAUAAUGAGAAAACCAUUGCCAAGACACAUUGCUUUGGCAAAUGCAAGGUUUUUGGUGUCAAUUUAGCAGAUGAUGUAUCGGAGCUCCAUUCACCACAAGUUGCCAACUCCAGUGAACUGUCUAGCCCUUCUUCAGUUCCUCCAUUAUCAAAGCCCUGCGACUUUGUGCAGGUUAUCAUAAAUGGAACUGCUCCAGGAAGGCCGGUCAACCUCAGACAGUUGAAAGGCUAUGAUGACCUCAUUCACCGGCUCAAUCAGAUGUGCGAUUUCCAUGGAAACUUGAUCGACGAAAGCAGCGGGUGGCACGUGAAAUGCAUGGAUGACAAUGGGGACAGUGUGCCAAUAUGGGAUUAUACCUGGCAGGAACUUGUCCCUAUGGUACAUCAGAUACUCAUUUGCCCGAAGGAAGGAGAAAAGGGCAAACCGGGACCAUGCUCCUCUGAUGUAGCUUCUUCCUAAUGCUGCUGCUGUCGGUCACGUCACUCGCUACGGUUUCUUUCUCACUUUGUGUACUUGAGUUUUAUGGUGAUUGGGACUUAUGUCAGGCCUUGUGCCGAUGAUAUGGCGCGCGUUGACAAUGUUCUCGCCGGUUUGUGCUUUUGAUUGCGUCUGGAACUUCUUUAAUUUGUAUCGAUCACACUAUGCCGGAUCUCUAUGGUUGCUCCUGGCAACGCAAUCGCUGGAUAUCAUAACAAGCGAAUG